AUGGACGCGAUGCGGCCGUCCACUCCCCAAGACAGGAUUGUCUUGCUAGGUGCCCGCGGUGUGGGCAAGAACUCGCUUCGGCACCAGUACUCGGAUGGCGUGUUCGGUCAUAUCAAGAAAGAGUUUCGGCAUGUACCGUGCCGCAAGAUUGUGACGGCGGCAGGCCAAACUGGUCUGGUGGAGGUGGAAUCGAUCCGUUACUUAAACGAAAAUGGCCGACAUGAGAUCCUCAACAACCUCAAAUACACCGACACGUUUCUGAUUGUAUACAGCGUCACCUCCAGAACCUCGUUUGAGGCUGCCGUGGAAUGUUAUGGCUGGAUCCACUGGCUCUUCUGGAGCAGCCGCCCUGGCAGUCCGGAUCAAUCCCAGGUGCCAGUUAUGCUUGUUGGGAAUAAGAAUGAUCUGGAGGGCUGGCGAGAGGUGUCAAUAGGUGAAGGAAGGAAAAUGGCUCGAGAGCUUGGAAUUGGGUUCUGUGAGGUAACGGCGAGGGAUCCAUCCGGUGUCAAAAAGUUAUUCCAUCAGGCCAUCCAAACGUCCCGGCAACAAAAAGAUGGUUUCCCUGAACGCCAAACAGCGGAUGUCUCGCCAGUUGCAUCUACCUCGUCAAUAACCCCUCCGACAAGCCAUAAAAAGGCAUCACUUCGAAGCUCGCGAUCCCGGCUGAGCAGGCUCACGACAUGGCGCAGAUCCAUAAGCUCAUCUAGAAAGGCGUAUGUUCCUGGGUGGGAUCCCAAGACCGACUACGGCAAGAAUGAGUUGCAGGAGGGUUUAGUAGCAGCAGCCAAGGCGAACGACCCUCAUACAUUUAGAUCAUAUGCUCAAGCAGGCGCGCAGCUGGACGGUCGUGCUAUGGGCGAGAAAGGAAGUGUGGUGCAUAUUGCUGCCGCCGCUGGCCAUCUUCAAGUCCUGGAAGUCAUCAUCCAACGAGAAGCAGGAAUCAAUCUCCCCGACCUUGAUGGAAUCCCUCCGCUGCAGCUGGCUGCCGUGAAUGGGCACCACCAAUGCGUGAAUUUGCUUUUGCAAAACGGCGGAGACAUCGAUCAGACGAGUCCGCGAUAUGGAACAGCUCUGAGCGCUGCGGCAUCACGGGGCCACGUGGAUAUUGUGCGUCUCUUGCUUUUCAUGGGGGCCGAAGUCGAGGUUGAAGCGUCUCCAUUCGGUAACAUGAUGCAGCGGCUGUCCCGUACUUUCGAUGCCAGCAUCGUUCAAUUCUUGCACGAGCCGGAUGAUGAUGCCACUACAAGCUCUAGCCUUGGCGAAGUGCCGUCUCAUGAAGCAUUAUCCCGAGAUGUCUCCGGUGUCACGACUCCAACUGGGUCAUUGGAUAUGCAACUUACCAAGAUUGAAGAGGUCGAAGACAUGGUAGAGGGAGAUUCAAUCAGUCGUGAACAUAUACCGGCAAAAGAUGCGGUAAUUCGAUACUCCCAGGAAUCAGAUUCGUUCGAAAUUGACUUCGCAAACCACGAUUGGGUCGCGAGCAAAGUAUCUGAUUAUGCUAAUGACUUGCACACCGCAAGGAGUUCGCCCAUUCAUAUUUGUUGA